CCCAUGGAAAAAAACAAUUAUUUUACAAACGAGUGUAAGUGUGUAACUAGGCAAAAUACCCAUUUUUACAGGGUUUUAUAUGCAAAAAAAAAUGCGAGGCAUUUUCACAAACACCUUGCGCGCGCGUUUCCCGGCACAACAGUCGACCAUGCCUUUGCGCCACGGUCACCAUCUCUUCUUGGGCAUUAAAACAAACACCUUGCGCUCGCUGUUGCUCCAAUCCGCUCCCAUCUCCAGCCUCAAGGUCGCAUGGCGCAAGGACCAGCGCCUCGACGGCGCCAUCGAGCGCGACAAGCGCUGGCGCAUGUGCUUCCGCGUCGUCCGCGAGCUCCUCAACGAGCCCGGCCAACGCAUGCCUCUCCGGUACCUCGAGAAGCGCCGCGAACGCCUCAAACUCCCCAUCAAGGUCAAAACUUUCAUCUCUCGUUACCCUUCUCUCUUCGACCUCUACCCGGAUCUCCUCAAGCCCAAGUCCCAGCCCGUGCCGUUCCUCCGCCCUUCGCCGCGCCUGCUCGACUUCAUCUCCCACCAAUCUCGGAUCCAAGCUCAGCACGAGCCUCUUAUCAUCUCCAAGCUCUGCAAACUCUUGAUGAUGUCCAAGGAUCGGGUUAUCAGUGCUGAUAAGCUAUCUCAUGUCAAGAGAGACUUCGGUUUUCCUGAUGAUUUCCUCUGCAAUCUCGUCCCCAAGUACCCGCAGUACCUCCGGCUGGUCGGCUCUCCAGGGGAAGGCCAGUCCUUUCUGGAGCUUGUUUCAUGGAACGAGGAGUUCGCGAGGUCGGUGAUCGAGAGGAAAGCUGAGGAGGAAUCGAAGCUCACUGGGAUUAGAAUGAGGCCCAAUUUCAGUGUCAAGCUUCCACCUGGGUAUUAUCUGAGGAAGGAGAUGAGGGAGUGGGUGAGGGACUGGCUUGAGCUGCCUUACAUCUCGCCAUACUCCGAUGCGUCGCCGCUCAGUCAGGCCUCGCCGGAGAUGGAGAAGAGGACUGUGGGGUUGAUGCAUGAGCUGUUGUCUUUGUCUGUGUUUCGGAGGAUUCAGGUGCCCAUAAUUGGGAAGUUCUGUGAGGAGUUCAGGCUGUCCAAUGCGUUUGGGAAUAUGUUCACAAGGCAUUCAGGGAUCUUCUAUGUCUCGUUGAAGGGCGGCGUGAAGACGGCGAUGCUCCGGGAGGCGUAUGAUGAGCUUGGGGAGCUUGUGGAUAGGGAUCCUUUGUCAGAGAUAAAGGAGAGGUUUGUGGAGAUGUUGGAUGAGGGGCAUAGGGAUUAUUUGGAGAAGAUUAGGAUGAAGAGGGAGGCCAUGAAGAGGGACUUGGAGCUUUUGGCUAAGAGAAAUUCUGAGCAACCAAUGCAAGAGGAGUAUGAAGAAGAAGAUGAUGAUGAUGAUGAUGAUGAAGAAGAAGAAGAAGAAAAGGAGAAGUUUUGAUUUGAUCAAAGAUAUAACCUUGCCACACUCAAUGAAAAAGGAGAAGUUUUGAUUUUGAUCAAUGAUGAAUCCUUGCCACACUGAAU